UACGUUUGAUAUAAACAAGCGCGGUGUGCCUGAAGCUCUGUGUGAUAUUAACACGGUGUGCCGUCAGUUGAAAGAUGGAGGGCCAAAGAUUGAAGAAACGACCUCGGCGCUUCUGUGAACAUUGCGACACUGAACUGUGUCAUACACAGUAUUUUGACCACAGAAAGCGCUAUUUCAAAAACGGAGUUUGGGAGAAAAAAUCCAAAAGGGCUUCGUCAGAUAACGUACAGAGCCUCCUGCUAUCCAGUCAUGAACCCGCUGUGAGUGAUGUACCGUCAAUGUGUAAAGACACGGAAGAAAACUUUACUGGAGUUAGAGAGAUUGGUGGAAGUGAAAUGCACUCCGAGGAUAUGGCAGGACGGCGUCUAGCCUUCAGCUCACCUUCAUCUACGCUGCAUGGACGCGACCAACCCCUUUCAUCCAGUCCGCUGACCGAUGAGAGUAAACUGCUGAAUGCUUUGUGUGGACUGUCUCGUCAGCUUGAUCUGCUUACUUCCAAUGUGAAUGAGCAGUUUGCCAAUGUGAAUGAGCAGUUUGCCGCAGUAAACUCCAGGUUGCUGUCCAUGGAGGAGAGGUUGGCUGCUUUGGAGUCGAAAAAUUGUAACGUUACUGUGAAAGAAAAUAACUCCAAGAAAAGAAGACUGGUGCACAAUCCCAAGAUUGCGGAGGAUGUACGGCGUCUCCAUAACUCUGAGGCAAACUGCAGGCGCUAUGAACCAUAGCAAGGACUAACGCCGCCUCAUAACGAAGCCGUGACCUCCUAUUUGCUACAGUGGAAGUGCGCCACUAUAGAUCUCAUGUCUGAUGAGGAAGACGGCAUUGUUGACGGGGUGUCUGGAUGGAUUGUGCGGCCACCGCUCUCUCGCAGCUUGGAACUCUCCGAGCUCUGUGCCACGCUCAAUCCGGAUUAGAGGCGAUACCAAAGGACAGGGCAACUCACCAUAUGCGCCUGCAAAAGUGAUUUUUUUUUCCCAACGUUUUAGUAUUUUUUUUUCACCCCUUUGAAUUUUUUUAGGGAUCUUUCCCGAGUGUCUUGAGCACUUUUUGACGUGUUUGGAGGACAACAUAAGAGACAU